UUCAGAGCAGAGAUAAGGAAGGAAAAAAUUACAGAGCAGAGCAGAGAUAAGGAAGGAAAAAAUUUCGUGGAAUAUUUUGGCUGAAAAUUAGGGAAUCGAGAAUUCGUUAGAGAAAAAGGGAAACUUUUCUAGAUUUUUGGAAAGAAGAUAUCGAAGAAAAAAAGUUCAAUUUUUUCUCAGUUAACCCUAAAUUGUUUUGAGCGGGAUGAAACUCAAUCUGAAAAUUUUUUGGGCGGGAUUUUCCCGCUUGAUGUGAAUCUGUUCGGCUAUAUAAAGAUCCCUAAAAUCAUGAGGAGUGCAAUCCAAUCUCAGCUCCAUCUUACGAAGGGAACUUAUCUAAUUUGGGUUGUUGUGUUCUUACUGAUAUGGCUCGAGACCUAUUUUUUGGGGAUUCCGCCUUGCGUCGAAAAUACGAAUCCACUACUAAAAAACAAAAAGAACAGAAGCGAAGAGCUAAAGCUUCCUCAACUGCAAUUGCGAAUCCCAUGUACACACGACAGGGAGGAAAUCCAAGAAAUGUGCAGCAAUCUCAAUUUAUUGGAGACAAAAACAAGGAGGGACAAGAACACCAAUUGAAUGACUUUAGCAAUCGCUUGCAAGCAGCUCAGUCAAUGGUGCACGACGGAAAUGGAGUUGGAAGAACAGGUCGGGCGCUGCCAAGCCAUGCACCAAUCGAGUCACCAGUGGAUGGAGGAAGGGGAGGUGGAAGAACACGUCAUGUGCUGCCAAGUCGUUCACCAAUUGAGUCACCUGUGCUUCAGAGAAGUAGGGCUGGUGGAAUAUCAUGCGCGGUGCAUCCAAUGGAAUCACCUCUGAACAAUGAUUUUCUGUUAACUCCAAGGAUAUCCCCUAGAGAACACCGCACAGGAGUACACAGAAAUCUGGAGAAGGAAUACAAUGGUCUACAUAGCCCUAUGAGAAGUCAAGGUCGUCGUUCUGUACCACCUCCCACAGAGAAUGAAAUACAACAACGUUCAAAUCAAUUGCAUAAUAAUCGAACACAAGCAUCUCUUCAGCCAUCUCGUCGGUCAACACAAAAAGUUAUUCAAAGUUCAACAUCUCAUCAAUCACAGCAUAAUGCUCUUCGAAGUUCAUCUUCGCAGCAAUCUCGCCGAUCACAACAGUGGAACAAUCUACAUGAUUCUCCAGCUGAAAAUCAUAAUUUUUCGCAACCCAACCGAUCGCGAUCAGCGUCUAAUUCUCCUGUAGGAAAUAAUGAAGAAGUUGGCUAUUCACUGCAAGAUGGUCGAACACAACGUACCACAAGAAAGAAAACGACUAAUCUUGCGGUUGCCAAGAGGGGGAAGGAGAAAGUAAGCGUGUACGUUUUUAAAGAAAAAUUUUGUGGUCACUAUAGACAUGAGCUUAUAAACUCUAUUGGGUCGUGGGUAAGGCAAAGGGACAAUUGCCCACUAACAUAUGAUAAAUUUGAUGAUAUGCCUGAACAGAAGAUUGCCCGAGUGAUCCAGAAUGUCCGGGACCACUUUAUUCUCGUUCCUGAUGAUGAAGUGGCUGUCAAAGUGAUCAAAGACGUGAUGAGGAAUGCUUAUAAGGCAUACAGGCACAAACUUCGUCUAGCAUACAUAAAAGCUGGGGGUGAUGGGUUCGCUGGAUCAGAUGGCCACCUGGAGGCUUUGGCACACCCUCCCGAAGAUUUCCUCAACAAACGUGAUUGGGCUCACAUGUGUGAGCACUUCACCACCGAUGCGUUCAAGAAAAAUUCUGAAAGAGGACGUCUUGCUGCUGCUGCGAAGCAACUCAACGGUAUCAACCACAGUAAUGGCAACAAAAGUUUCACUAGUAUCGAAUACGAGUUGCUGCAAGCCGGAGAGCCUUGUGAUCCAGUGACUUUCUUCCGACGAACCCAUGAUCCUGAAAAGAAAAUCAACGCCAAAUGCAAAGAAAUGAGUGAAAAAAUGAAGGCCAUGAAGGAAGCCGCAGAUCGGGGAGAAACUAAUGACACUCCAGAAGAGAUAUUUAACAAAGUUCGUAAUGCUGGAUGUUCGGGUAAACGUCGUCGCAAGGCUCAUCCAACUAACUACAGUUUAUACCAGAAAAAAGAAGAAGAAAUGGCCGAAUUGAAAGUAAGAAUGGCAUCCUUGGAACAGGAAAACAAAAGGCUUAAGAAAGAAACAGGUCCGAACGCGACAAAGAAGUGGUUGAAUGAAUAUCUUGUUAAAAAUGGCAUGCCGGCUAUGGAAUUAUCAUCUGAAGAUGAAGCGGAAGAUGAUGAUGAAGAUGCUGAUGUGCACGGGAGUCAAAUUCAUGAACAUCGAGAUGCCUUUGAAGGUAGUGAUAUGGAAGCUGAAGAGGAGGAUGUAGAGGCCUUUGCAGAUGGUCAAGAAGAAGAUGACGAGGAGAAUCCGGACAGGGAACUCGAAGAGGAUGAUGAAGAAGAAUAUGUUGAGGUUUAGAUGCAUUUAUUAUUUCUGUUAUUUAGAGUCUCUUUUUAGAAAGAUCUAGCUUAGAUCUUAGAAGAACUUUCUCUUUUUUUUUGGUCUUGUGGUCCUGAUAUUUCGGGUGGGAUUACGAUAUUCUUGAUUUUUUUGUUUGGAAACUUCUUUGUUUUAACGAAUGCUAUUAAAUAAAAAAUUAUUUUUGGUA